UUGGAAGCUGUUUCGGCGAGCUUUGCAUCAGCAUCAUUCAUGGACGACUUGUUGACAUUGACAGAUGAGUCGGCAUUCGCAGCCUCUGCGUGAGCAGGCGAUGCGGCUUCAUCGGUGACACUCAUGGCGGAGAAACGGGAAACGAUGCUGUUCGCGAUGCAAGAGGCAAUGGGGGAUGGUGGUUGGGGAGAGCUGGCUUACCCAUGGCGGGUGGAGUUCGAGGUACUACGGAGAUGGACGUUCCUUCUGCUGUUAAAAGAGCACGUGUCAGCAACAUGCACUCGAAAACCUUCGUUGGUGCUGAGCAAGUUUGCGGCGGCAAGAGCGUCCAUGAUGGUGCUUGCCCGACACGAGUCGCCAGCCCGCCUGCUGGUCGCACUCGCGUCCAUAUGUCCCAUUUCAACAAUUCUACGUACCGUUCGAUUGUUGUUGAUGAUAUGCCAGAAGCGAUCCGAGAAGCGAUAGACAAGGGUGAGAGUCACGGAGGUAUCAACGCUACAAGAUGAAGGUCGAAUUGUGGAGAGAUGCGGUUUGCGUGGAAAGGGACAGCCAACCUACACGCAGCCAAACCGCCGCGGAAAGGGGUCUGUGGGACGUGCGGUCCUAAGGAUCAUGGAGAAGCAACCGCAGAUCCGACGCCCUCUCCUCACUACCUACAAGUCAAGUCUCUUCGAAUGCAG